AUGAAACCGAGAGAGAAUUCAAGUUGUGUUCAAACAUUAAGAUGCAAACUGUGUGUUGUUGUUGCAUCAGGCAGACGAGGAUCUUUUGUGCGUUCGCUCUGCAGACUCCAGCGUCUGUUUGUGUGUUUGUUGCGUUUCCAUGUCUACGUGGUGGCGUCCUGUGUGUUUGGCGCCUGGACGCUACAAAGCAGAGGCGUGGGAGUGUCAGUUUAUGAGAAACAGCAGCAGGGCGGAGGCGGAGGUGGAGGUCAGUGGUGGAGUCCCGCCCCCGGCUGCUGGGAACAGACCUGGGAUCAUCCCAGUGCCAGCUCAGCCUCGGCCCCGCCUCCACUGGAGCACAUGUUGGGUGACAGCAGGCUUGGAGAGGACGAUCAGUCGUCUCCUGGUUUUCAAACGGACUCUUCGUCUCUUCGGCUCCGACUCACCAGCUGCUUGGACGUCCUGGUUCACAACAGACCGGCGCUGACGCAACAUGUUGUUCACACCCAGGGUCCACUUGAUGGAAGCCUCUACGCCCGCGUCCGUAAGAAAGACUCCCUGGAGGGAGUGGUCACCAUCAACGGCCUCCCAGUCCUUGAAAACCCUCUGACCAAUGCUAAGAGCCUGCUGCAGAGCGCCAGCCACCCGCUCCAGACCGCCGAACAGACACUUCCUGUCGCAGGCCACGCCUCCCUCCCUGCCGUCGACCACACCCUCUCCGUGAGCAGCGACUCGGGCAACUCCACCGCCUCCGUCAAGACCGAUCGUACCGAUGAGCACAGCCAGUCGGUGCCGAGCGCCACCAAUCACAGCAACCCGACAGCGGCCCACCCGCCCCUCAGCCCACAGGAGAAGAGAGAGCUCGACCAGCUCCUGAGCGGCCUCGAGGCGCCGGCUCACCUGAGGCAAGCCUACCUGUCCACGUCCACCAGUCCUGGGGGCGGCGUGCGGCACCUGGUCCCAGCGCAGGUGCACGUCAACGGGGGCCACACCAGACUAGCCGGUGUCCGAUCCACCGAGGAGCGAGAGACGGAUAUCCUCGAGGACGAGCUGCCAAACAGCCAGGAGGGCAACAGUGUGGACAGCUUGGGCACCAUCUCUUCCCUGGAGGGUCAGGGGACGCCAGCAGACCUCAACUACCAAUCACAGACGCCUGUCAGCGGGCAGAACGACGGGCCGUACCUGGAGAGAGGCGUCCUCGGGGAGAAGUUGAGCGAAAUGCCCGUGCACGGAGUCCGAACUCCCACGGCGAUGCAGGAGAGGACGGCGGACGCUGCGUCCCCACAGGGGGGCUACAGCAGCUUCCAGAACGGAGGAGGGAUGUACCGCUCGCAGUCCUUCGGGAACCCGCCUGCCGGCAGCCCUGAAGCCUGCCCCACGCCGAUGCCCCGCGCCCCCGAGAGGAGCACCAGCAGCCGAGAGGCCGUCCAGAGGGGUCUGAACACCUGGCACCAGUACAGCCUCCCAGACGACCCCUUCGGACCGCCGCUGCAGUCCACCCACAGCCUGCCCCACUUCCCGGCGUCGCAGCGGGACAUCGAGCAGUCCAUCGAGGCGCUCAACAUGCUCAUGCUCGACCUGGACCCCAUCAACUCCCACAUGUCCAAGUCUCACAGUGCGCCCCCUGGUGAGAACAACCUGAACUCGUCCCAGGCGCCCUUCUCCCAGACGCUCGCCAGACCCUCGUACCAGGCGGACUCGGCCAUCCACGGCUACAGCAGCUCGGGCUCGGUCAACAACGCCUUCCACCAGCCGCUCCGCUCGACGGGGAGAGUGUCCAACCAGAGCCCCGUCAUGGAGUCUCCUGUGUACUCCCCCCAGAGGCCCAACGCCAGCUUCCAACACCAGAACACCACCCCGACACACACUCCAGAGCCCUACCUCCACCCACGCCAGGCACCGCACCACUUCCCCACCGAUUUCCCCCAGCAGGCUCCUCUGAAGCCUGUGAGCUCGCACCAUGGCUCCUUGGUGUCCCACUCCCCGGACCUGCAGGGCUCGUCCCCGUACACGGGCUACAGCGCCUCGUCCUCCCCCGUCCCGGAGGUCACCCCCCAACAAGACGCAGAGGAGGAGACGCUCAACCUGGAAGGCCUGGUGGCUCACCGCAUCGCCGGAGUUCGCUCCAGAGGAAUGACCCCGGAGGUGACGCAGGAGACGGGCCGGCGCCGGACCACCAGCGAGGGUCAGUACCAGAGCAGCCACGAGAGCACGCCGCCGGUUCACUCGCCGGACUUCGCCAACAACCUGUCGCUCAACCCGGGAGGAAGACCCCGAGAGGGUCUCAUGCACAGCUACCGGGAGGCGUUCGAGGACCACAAGCCGGACGGUUUUGCCUUUGGAGGCGGUGGUGAGAACUCUCCACAGACCCCCGGCUUCCCUGUGUCGCCUCAGACUCCUUACUUCAACAUGCCUCGUACUCCAGCGGGUUUGACCAAGAUGCCGCUGUCCACGCUCGGACUGAAGCCGCAUCACCAGGUCGGAUCAGACUCUGAUUCUAACGAUGGAGAGCACGAUCAUCCCAGUUUUGAGGACCCGAGACAGUUCGGCGCUGGGUUCUGCUCCAGCAGCCCGGUCCACGGUGCAGACGGGAGGAGGUUUGGUUCGUCAGACAGCCCCGCCCAGUCCCACCCCUACAGACCCGCCUCCCCCGAGGGCUCCCAGGUGAGCAUCAUGGGCGUCCACACCGUCCCCGGCAGCCCCAACACCCUCCACCGCACCGUGGCCACCAACACACCGCCCAGCCCCGCCCUCCAGAGACGCCUGGGUCAAGCCAGCCCCUCCCUGGGCAGACACCCGCCUGCGUCCGGCGUCCCCUCCAGCCCUCUGAUUGGACGAAAGACAGCAGGCGCCGGCGUGCCUCCCAGCCCCCUGAUGGGGCGCCGCACGGCAGCGAGUGGCCACAGCACCCCCGAUGAGCUGGGGGCCGCCUCUCGCCAGGGGAGCGCCCCGCCGCCGUCCACGCCGGCCUUCCCCGUGUCCCCGCAGCUGCCGGAGAAGAGACACAUGUCCAGCGGAGACGCAGAGAGGAUGGACAACAACAACAUGACGCCAACACCGGCCAGCGGGGGCAGCACGCCGAAUCUGACCGGCACUCGCACACUCCCAGACCUCCCCAAGUCCAUAUAUGACGACUGUCCCGACAUCAAGAUGAACGUGAAGUUCGUCCAGGACACGUCCAGGUUCUGGUACAAGCCCGACAUCUCCAGAGAGCAAGCCAUCAACCUGCUGAAGGACCGGGAGCCCGGGGCCUUCAUCAUCCGGGACAGCCACUCGUUCCGGGGGGCGUACGGUUUGGCCAUGAAGGUGGCCUGCCCCCCUCCGACUGCCCAGCAAACCAAGAAAGUCGGGGACCUGACCACCGAGCUGGUGAGACACUUCCUGAUCGAGACGAGUCCUAAGGGCGUGCGUCUGAAGGGUUGUCCCAACGAGCCGUACUUCGGGUGUCUCUCCGCUCUGGUCUACCAACACUCCAUGACUCCACUGGCUCUGCCCUGCAAACUGAUGAUCCCCACCAAAGAUCCCAACGAGGAGGCCUUGGAGCUGGCGACGCCCACUGAUCCUGGGCUGGAGCUCAUGAAACAAGGAGCAGUUCAGAAGGCUCCUGAAGAAGCUCAUGCCUGUAACGUCCUCUUCAUCAACUCGGUGGACAUGGAGUCUCUCACUGGUCCUCAGGCCAUAGCCAAGGCGAUCAGUCAGACCCUGGGGACCAACCCGCUGCCGGCGGCCACCACCGUCCACUUCAAGGUGUCCCCACAGGGCAUCACACUCACGGACAGCCAGAGGAAGAUCUUCUUCAGGCGACAUUAUCCCAUCAACACAGUGACCUACUGUGACACCGAUCCCCAGGACAGGAAAUGGGGAAGAGAAGGAGGCGGCUCCGUCAGACUCUUUGGAUUCGUGGCGAGGAAGCAAGGAAGCACGACGGACAACGUGAGCCACCUGUUCGCGGAGCUGGACCCGGGUCAGCCCGCCUGCGCCAUCGUCAGCUUCGUCUCCAAAAUGAUGAAGCGGUGAAACCCCCGGGAGUUUAAAUGGCGGCGGCCAUUUCUUGGAAUCUUCCGUCUUCGUCGGCGCCUCGGACUCGACGGAGACGUUUUCUUUUUUCUGUUUCCUGUCGGUUUGUUUCUCUUGUUUUCUCUCGGCCUUGACGACUUGUCUUUGACGUUGGUCUUUUUUGGAAAGAAGAGAAGUCUGUGCGAGGGAUUUGUCGUGGAUCCAAAGUGGCGUCGGAGGAAGUGGAGCGGAGAACGUGACAAGCGAAGAAGAGGAGGAUGAGGAGGAUGAGGCGGACGGGAGGAAAUGUAACAAUGCAAAGUUGAGACGGGGAACACGUGAGGACUCGUAUGUUUCAGGGGUUUUCUGUUGUCUUUUUUGUCGAUUGAUUUACCAAAGGUUGUUACAAUACAAGUGCAAGAAUGACGUAGCUACGAAGCCAUUUUUAUUUCCUCUUUUCAAAAGAUGAAGUGUUGAACAAAACAAAACAAAACAAAACAAAAAAAAAGACAAAAAGAAACACGGUUUCUUCUUGAACUCGUCUUCAGGAAAAAAGUUUGAACAAAACAGAGUGUGAAGACCUUCUGCAUGUUAGCUUGAUCUUUAAGCUCGGUUCUUCUCCCUCCACCGAGUCAUCGUGAAAUCUUUGAGUGGUUCUUCUCCAGGUCUGUUGUGUGUCGGAAAGGGCUCCGCAGUGAAACGCCGACUGAUCUAAACUGCGCACGGCAGACCAGACUCUAGAAAAAAAAAAAAAACAAGCGCCACGCUCCGGGCGCCACACGGCCGCACCGGCUCCGGUCCCUCCCUCUUUCUCUAAAGCUUAUUGGAUGACUCUGGCCUGAAAUCAGCUCCUGAUUGCAUGGCAGCCGGAGAGGGGCUUUGUCCACAAGGUGGCGCCACUCGUUAAGGCUUGGACCCCCCCCCCCCCCUUCCCCACACCCCCCCACCCGUCACUGACUGCUUGCAGUAGUGGAUCUGUUAAUAGACGCUGCCACUCAAACACACUGGAGAUGACCCGGGACCGGCCCCAUGACCUGGACCUAUGCACUGUUCUUUAUGCAUGUUUGAUGUCCCUGAACGCACCACGCCCCCUCGCCAUCCUCAUCACGCCAUCACUGAAACAUUCUACGUGCUGUGUGCCGACUUUAAAAACCUUUAGACAAGUUCACCCAGGUUGUCUGACUUGUCACAGACUGCAUGAAAUAGAACAUGAAACCUUUUUUACUCGAGAAAAGACGUAGACAACCCAUCGUUGAAGUAGUCCCAUGAUGGCGAGACGCUCUGUUUUGACUUUCUUUGGUUUUCGAGCCAGGGUUAACUUUUCGCUGUAUCCAGGACGGUUUGUUGUUCCACGGUGUCGUCACAGAUCUACAUGUAGAGACGUGGUCUAGAAAACAAAAGAGAAAAAGUUUCCACACUGUGCAAACGCCUGCUUGUUGAACACUCGCUCAACCAUCACAAUAAGCUAAGGAGAAUCGAUAUUGAUAUAAUGUACAUAGAUAUACUACUUUGAAAGGUGACAUAGCGAAAAAGUAUUUAAUUUUGUUGCUUUUGGUCCCUCAUGAUUACUCAUAUAUACAUAUAUUGUACAGUCUAGAUAAAGAAGAUGACCUAAUGGGUUGAGAAAAAAAAGAUAUACUUAUUUUGGCUAAUGAUUUCAAAGUCUGACGAUUUUGAAAUGUGUUUGAAUAUAUGGUGUACAUUACUUUGUACAUGUAUAUGUUUGUUUUUGGGCUCGUCAUGUUUGUUUCUUUUACUUUUCCUCUCAGAACGAGGUAGGGCAAUGAGCGACGUAGAAGCCGAGAGUCUGAUUUGCAUGGACGCGAGCGUUCGUGAGCGACUCGUAGAAGUCGGCGUAGAUUUUAAAAACAGUUCAAGACACAAAGGGAAGCAGGGAAACCUCACAUGCAAUAUGAAAACAGCUCCACUUAUCAUUUAGCCAAAGAUUCAAACGCUCGUCGUGUGUUCCGACCGAUGCAUGUCGCUUUUCUUUUUUCACCUUCAGUUUUUUGUGUUUCACGUUUUGAAAGCUUUGCUCAGCAGAUCUCAGAGCAGCCGGGACGCACAGAGGUCAAAGGUCAGAUACUGAUGCGUUUACACAGCGAGACGACAGCAGACGCCCCGUGGCCUGAUGGGAAACGAACAAAGCACUUAAAAAACAAACAGAAGAUCCCACGCGGGCGACUGCUGAAGCUUCAGCGUGAAGCUGUCGUCUCCUGAACGUCACUGAUUUAUUUAUUCUUAUUUAUUCCUUUCUUCUCCUCACCUGUUUGUUAUGAUUUGGUUCAUUUCUCCGGUGAAAGCAAAGAGGUACAGUGCUUUGAAACCCACGACCUGGCUCCAUCCACUUUUGAGUCAUUUGGAAAAGAAAAAGAAAAAGCUUAAAAGAUAAAUGUUCUCUGAGCGUUGUACCUGUUGCUUUGAGCCGAAGGAGGAGAAGUCUGUGGCCCUGUGCAGACUCGGUGUGAACGGUGUACCGAGGGGGUCUCAGAUUUGGUUUGCGCUUCUCAUUUACAUUAUAUUGUCAUGGCUUACCUGUUCCUAAGGAGAAAAAAAGAACAUUAAAGCAAUACAAGUCAGUUCCAUUCAA